AUGGCGCCGCACGCCGAGGUCGACUCGGCCUCCUCGAAUGGGGAUGGACACCAUCGUCAAGCCGGAACUGCCGUCCAUGAGGAUUUGUUCCAGGUGGACUCGCCCAACGUUGUUUAUACUGACUCCGAGAUCCGCUCCAAGUACACCUACCGAACCACCAGCGUAAAGAAGAACGGCAAUGGUAAGUAUGUCGCCACUCCCAAGGAGACCAACUACGACUUCAAGGUCGACCGCCAGGUUCCAAAGGUGGGCAUGAUGUUGGUAGGAUGGGGUGGCAACAAUGGCACUACCGUAACUGCCGGCAUCAUUGCGAACCGCCGGAACUUGGUCUGGGAGACGCGUGAGGGUCCGAGGGCUGCCAAUUACUAUGGUUCCGUGAUUAUGGGAUCGACCAUGAAGCUUGGAACCGAGGCCGAAACCAACAAAGACGUCAACAUUCCAUUUCACGAUGUUCUUCCCAUGGUUCAUCCAAACGAUCUUGUCAUUGGUGGUUGGGAUAUUUCUGGCAUGAACCUGGCCGAUGCAAUGGAUAGAGCUGCAGUAUUGGAGCCGACACUCAAGGCGCAAGUCAAGAAGGAGAUGACCAACAUGGUUCCUUUACCAUCCAUUUACUAUCCCGAUUUCAUUGCUGCCAACCAGGAAGAUAGAGCCGACAACGUCAUCAAGGGCACCAAGGCUUGCACGGCUCACAUUGAGCAAAUUCGAAAGGAUAUCAAAGACUUCAAGGCCACCAACUCCCUGGACAAGGUCAUUGUCCUUUGGACUGCUAACACGGAGAGAUACGCCGACAUCAUCCCUGGAGUCAACGACACGGCCGAGAACCUGCUAAAGGCUGUCGACGAUGGACAUGAAGAGGUCUCCCCUUCAACUGUCUUUGCUAUUGCUUGCAUUCUUGAGAAUGCGCCCUUUAUCAAUGGUUCUCCACAGAACACUUUCGUUCCUGGUGCCAUUGAGCUUGCCGAGAAGCAUGGCGCAUUCAUUGGUGGCGACGAUUUCAAGUCUGGCCAGACCAAGAUGAAAUCAGCUUUGGUCGAUUUCCUGAUCAAUGCCGGUAUCAAGCUGACGUCCAUCGCCUCGUACAACCACCUUGGCAACAAUGACGGCAAGAACCUGAGCUCCCACAAGCAGUUCCGAUCCAAGGAGAUCUCCAAGUCCAAUGUCGUCGAUGACAUGGUUGAAGCCAACUCGGUUCUGUACAAGAAGGGUGAGCACCCUGACCAUACCGUCGUCAUCAAGUACAUGCCGGCUGUCGGCGACAACAAGCGUGCCUUGGACGAGUAUUACGCCGAGAUCUUCCUUGGUGGCCACCAGACCAUUUCAAUCUUCAAUGUCUGUGAGGACUCUCUGCUCGCCUCGCCGUUGAUCAUUGACUUGGUCGUCGUGGCAGAAAUGAUGACUCGCAUCCAAUGGAGAGCCAGCUCUACUGAUGGUGUCGCCACCAAGGACUUCCGUGGCUUCCACAGCGUUUUGAGCAUCCUUAGUUACAUGCUGAAGGCACCGCUCACGCCCCCAGGCACUCCAGUCAUCAAUGCCUUGGCCAAGCAGCGUGGUGCCCUGACCAACAUCUUCAGGGCUUGUGUUGGACUUGAGCCCGAGUCCGAUAUGACCCUUGAGCACAAGUUGUUCUAG